CGAUUAAACAUUCUUGUUUGCACUUCAUUUUACAGGCUAGACCUACAUCUCUUCAACGAAUUCGAUAUUCGGAGAUCUAUCAUUCCUUAUUUCCUGCCUGUGGCAUUUGCAAACCGUUACAAUCCUUGAUAUCCAACUCACAUUCCCUCAAUCGCCAAGUCUAAAAGACUCGAUCUUGCUUAAGCAAACGUAUACAGUAUGUAAUACCCUUCUAAUAUUAUUCUGUUGCUGUUUUGGGAGUUAUCAAAAUCCACUCCAGUAUUGCCUCUAGCGAGACAAUAGACUUGUGUGGUGUUCUGGCCCUUUCCUUCAAUAGCCGUAUUGUUCCUAUUGUCGACCUCGAAUAUUCCACCCGAUACUUGGGGGCUAACAUUAUUCGUUAGCAUCAUUCACUUGGCAAUAUAAAAGCCUAGAAAUCUUGUCUCUGUAUCUCGUCCGGCACGAACUACCAACACAACUAUCAACAUGCAUUUCACAUCUUCUAUCGUUGCCACUCUUGGCAUGGCCUCGUACGCGAGCGCCCACAUUAUGAUGACCACCCCGAAGCCUUUCGGAAAGUCUACUCUCAACAACAGCCCUCUUCUCGCUGAUGGAAGCGACUUCCCUUGCAAGCAGCGCGGUGGCGUCUACGACCCAGAGGGUGCCAGCAAUCCCAUGGCCCUCGGCUCCACGCAGCCCUUGAACUUCGUUGGCAGCGCCGUCCACGGUGGUGGGUCAUGCCAGAUCUCCAUCACAUACGACGAGAAGCCAACAAAGGAUAGCGUCUGGAAGGUCAUCCACUCGAUCGAGGGAGGCUGCCCAGCGCGUGGCGUCGACGGCAACCUCGGCGGUGGCCCUGACACCCCGGUCCCGGAUGAUUACAGCUUCACCAUCCCCAACAGCCUUCCAACUGGCAAUGCCGUUCUUGCUUGGACUUGGUUCAACAAGGUCGGCAACCGCGAGAUGUACAUGAACUGUGCUCCAAUCGACAUCACCGGAGGCAACUCGAAGUCAAAGCGCGACACUGCCGCCUACGACGCUCUCCCAGAUAUGUUCACCGCAAACAUUGACAAUGGCUGCAGCACUGCGGAGACAGUGGAUCUUCAAUUCCCCAACGCCGGGGAGUCCGUUCAGAAGCUCGGAUCAGGUGAGCUUGGCGGACCACUGGGAAGUUGCAAGGCUUCAACUGGCGGAUCUGGUGGUGGCAGUUCAUCCGAUGCCCCAAAGCCGACACAGUCUGCUGUUGCCACCCCCACCGGUAUUCAGGGUGGCGUUUUCGUCACCGUCGCACCUAACGCAAGUGCAACUGUCGCCCCUGUCGCGACCUCUGCCCCAGUUGCCUCUGUCGCUCCUGUCGCAUCCGCCGCGCCCGCUGUUCCCACGAACGUCACCUCCAGCCCAUACGCACCCGCCGCUGUCGUACCUGAUGCAGGCUCUUCAACAAACAACGGUUCCGACACCACCACUGGCAGCUUGGAGACCGCCGCUGGCACACCUUGCCCAGGCCAGGAGGGCUCAUGGAACUGUAUCAGUGGAACCUCCUUCCAACGCUGCGCUUCUGGCCACUGGUCUGUCGUUCAGUCCGUCGCCGCUGGAACCACUUGCAAGACUGGCAUGUCUCAAAACAUGAAGAUCGUCAACGCCGCCAAGCCAAGACGCGCAAUCCGCUUCUCCAAUGAGCACGUCCGCCGUCACCUGGCUUACUCUUCGUAAGGAGCACAAUAUAUCGCAGGUCGAUGUAAUUGUGUAUUUUUAAGGUUUGGGGACAUGGGUCAGGCGUCAUGGAUUCACAAAUUCUUGUACAUAGUUUUGUGUUGUGUCAGAAUAUAGGGGGCAGAGCAAGGAACAUGUCUAGGAAUUAAAAGAUAUUAACUUCCAA